UGUGUUUCAGAAGUCAUGACUGGCAACUGCCGUAGCCUUGCAAUGGCAAUUAAUUUUGGCAGAAGUCAAGCGAGGCGAGGAGCUUGCAGACUUGCUGCUAUAGUUGUGGCCGCAAAUCUUUGGCUGGCCUUUGCCAAUCCUUUGUACGGAAAGGCGGCGAAGGUUCCCCAUAGAUGCUGCCUGAGAGCGAGCGGCUCUGAUCUGCCAGACAAGUGGAAGGCUGGUCCAGCGGAUGUUUACACAGGAGUUGCGCAGAAGGCAUUGUAUCUUAUGAAGGAGAAUCCCAUGCUGUUUGACAUGACGGUGGACGAAGAGCUGGAGAAACUCCAAGAAGAGAAGUAUGAGGAGGAGAAAAAGAAGAAAGUCAUGGAAUCCCCUGCCAAGGAUGACCAGCUUGUGCUCAGACGACGCAUCGAGGAAGUCAAGAUGAAUGAGCGCAUUCGUGCGGUGACCGAGCUGCUUUACCUCAAGGUGUGCCGCAAGUUUCAACAACUACAGGUACCAUUGAUCCCAGCGUUGAAGGAGGGAGGUGAUGUCAAGUUUGGCAAUGUCGACCUCAAGGGUCUCACUACGGACAUUUACUCGCAAGAUGCGCUUGAGCUCGUGCGGGAGCACCUUUUCCGAAUAAUCGGACAGCAAGGGAAUCCCACAUUUGCCGGUGGCCUGGGAGUCGUGCAGAUUGCUCUUUUUCAAGCUGGGCAGGUGUAUGCCAUGUCGGCCAUGUUUGGUUACUACCUGCGACGUGUGGACCAGAGGUAUCAGCUUGAGAAGCUGGCUGGCAACUUCGGCGCAUGGGGAGAAGAGGCACCGGAGACAACGAGUAACCCGUUCACCGAGGAUCAAGGAGCUGCAGAUUCCCUCAAGGCAUAUAUUACCUCCUUCGGUCCUGAUGAAGUUCAGAGUAUGUGGUCUGUGACGUCAGUCGAAGCCCAGAUGGCCAUGGAAUCACAGGUGACGGCACUUUUUGGAGACUUGCGAGCUCUCAAGGAAAAGCUGGUCAAUGUACUGGGCAUGGUGAACUCCCCCGAAGAAGCCACCAUGAAGCUGGAACAGGCGAUCAAAACCAAGGAGGUAGAGUCUCUGAAGCUGACCAGUGAUGACCUGCGCAGAUUGGUUCUCGAGGCUGUUGCUUAUGGCUCAUUAUUGAACGAUUCCGAGAAGCAGUUCGACUCUGUCUACGAGCUGACGCCAGCGUCAAGUCGAAUAAUGGGUGUUCUCACCGGCGAUGAUGACGAAGGCAGGAUGCUGCCUGAGUGAGGGCGGGCCGAGUCAGCUUAUGACAAGUAUGAAUGUGCUUUAUUCGCUUGGGAGCUUGUUAGGGCAAUACCAUUGUACAGCACCUUGCCUUGGCACAGUGGGAUGAGCAUUGGGAAAUUUUGGGAUGGCUUCGUUGA